AAAGCAUAUUUUCUCUGAACCUCGGACGUAAAGAAGCAUCUUUCAACCCGCAAUCCCCAAAAAGUACGCAAUGAAGACCGGUAUCUUCGCCUUUGCCACUCUUGCUUUGUUGCAAUUGACCUCUGGUCAACCUCACCGACGUACCCACCAACACCAUGCCCGUGACUCAAACGCCUAUGGUCUGAGUUACUCCCCUUACAAUGACGAUGGCAGCUGCAAAUCCCAGGAUCAGGUCAAUGGAGACUUCGACAAAAUCGACGGAUAUGAUCUUGUGCGCAUCUAUGGCGUUGACUGCAACCAAGUUUCAACUGUCUUAUCUGCCGCAAAGGGUAAAGGCAUGAAGCUAUUUGCAGGUCUCUUCGACAUCUCCAAUGUCGACGGCGAUAUCCAGACAAUUGUCAGCGCUGCUAACGGCGACUGGUCAAGCUUUGACACCGUGGCCGUCGGCAAUGAGCUUUUAAACUCGAAAUCAGCAAGCGCUGACGACGUUGUCAAUGCCAUUAAGACUGCUCGUGGUCUUCUCAACGGUGCCGGUUUCUCGGGUUCGGUUGUCACAGUGGAUACCGCUGCCGCAAUCACGUCCAACACUGAAUUGUGUGACGCCUCUGACUACGUCGCCCUCAACUGUCACGCAUUUUUCGAUGACAAUGUGGAGGCUUCCGGGGCUGGUCCCUAUGUGUUGUCUCAGGCGCAGGAGGUCUCGGCCGCGUGCAACAACAAGAAGACUGUCAUUACAGAGUCUGGCUGGCCCUCGCAAGGCGACUCCAAUGGAAAGGCUGUGCCAUCUACGGAGAACCAAAAGUCUGCCAUUGAUUCUCUGAAGAACUCGUUCUCUUCCAAUCUCAUCCUGUUCACCGCUUUCAAUGACAUGUGGAAGAAGAACAAUGCGGGUACAUUCAACGCUGAGCAGUACUGGGGUAUCCUCAGCGACUAAAGUCCCAUGAACAAAAUUGGUCCGAUUUCUCAACCAUGCAUUCAAAUUAUUGAUACACAGCUGCACUUUUAUACUCUUGCCACGCACACUGCGGGCAUAGUCAUCGGUGUAUGUCUCAGGAGAAUCAAAUGAAAGGCGUUUAAGAUGGAAGUAUUUGAUUUGGAAAUGAGCCGACUACUAUGCGAACAGAUGUAGUAGAUUUAUCUUGAAGAUAAACGUUAUAUGGAAGAUUAUUUUCACAACAUCGUUUUUGAAACAUGCGUGACAUGGACCAUAGAGUGCUCUGCGUUCAAUGCAAAGCUUGAUAUCCCCA